UCAAACUAUCAUCCGAAGUUCCAGAAGAAUACGGAAAUGACAGGAUUUUAGUUCAAAACUUGCCAAAGAUUGUGUUCAGAUCAUCGUUUAAAAUGUUGGACGUAAAGAAUUGGAAUGUGGUUAUACUGGGACUUUCCUUCAUGCUUAUUUUUACGGCGUUUCAGACGACUUCGAUGAUAGAGGAGAGCAUCCUGAAAAGUGCUAAAAAUGAAAGUCAUCCACAUAGCAAGUUCAAAGCCAGCGGAUAUUACAGCUUGUGCAUAAUAUAUGCAAGUUUUUCACUAUUUAACUGGAUCGCUCCACCUAUAAUUGCCUUCAUUGGGUCAAAAUUUUCUAUGAUGCUUGGUGGACUAUGUUACUGGCUAUUUAUUUUGAGUUUAUAUUUUGUAUCAAAGUAUGUCCAAACUGAUUUAUCAAGUCUACUGUACAUAGCUUCUGUUGUUAUUGGAUUUGGAGCUGCUGUGAUAUGGACUGCCCAAGGAAGUUGUCUAACUGUGAAUUCCACAGAUGAAACAAUGGGACGAAACAGUGGGGUAUUUUGGGCGUUCUUGCAGUGCAGUUUGCUGAUUGGAAGUUUGAUAGUUUACUUUUGUUUUAAGCCAAAAAAUGGUUCAACAAUAAUCAGUCUUAGUGAAAGGUCAACAGUUCUCUAUGUCUUCAUUGCUUUGUCAGCAAUUGGUAUGCUGUGUUUCCUGCUUUUGCGAAAUGUUAGAAGUGAAGAUACGACAGGAAGCAAUGAAAGUCUUAUUGUCAAUAUGCAAGAGUCGGGAAACCGAAUUGAAACAAGCAGUAGUCCUUGGGAAUCAUUUAAAAGUUCAGUUCGGCUGCUCUUUACCAAACCGUCCUUCUUCCUAUUCAUUGUGUAUUUUUACACAGGACUAGAGUUAACUUUCUUUAGCGGUGUUUAUGGAACUAGUGUGGGUCAGAAAUACUUUGCAUUUUUUCUGAACAAAGAACUGAUUGUCUUCAGUGUCUUCAUAGGAAUUGGCGAGAUUUUAGGUGGUGGGAUUUUUGGUAUCUUUGGUAAACGUAUAGUAGCCAAAGGACGAGACAACAUUGUUCUUCUUGGAAUGUUGGUUCAUUUUGCUACAUUCUUCCUCAUUUUAAUGAAUCUGCCAGAUGCUUCGCCAAAUGAUGCUACUCAUGAGAUGGGAUAUCUUUUAAAACCAAGUGUUCCAAUAGCAAUGCUUUGCGCAUUUUUACUUGGCUUUGGUGACAGUUGUUUCAACACCCAGAUUUAUUCUUUACUGGGGAGUUUCUAUUCUGACAAUAGUGCUUCGGCAUUUGCAAUAUUUAAAUUUUCGCAGUCGGUAGCCGCUGCAGUUGGAUUUUUCUACAGCAGUCAUAUAGGACUUAGAAGCCAACUCUAUAUUUUGUGUGUGAUGGCUUUCUUGGGAGCGCUGUCCUUCUUUGUAGUGGAACGAAUGGCAAAGAAAAAAGCCGGAACAAUUUGAAUCAGACAUGAUUUCCAAGCGUAGAAAGAACCAUUGUGUCGGGUUCUACAUAGAGUGAAAAGUUUCGACAAUUUCCUAUUAAUGCACUGCAUAAAAUGCAUUUACUGAGGCGGUUGAUGAAAGAUCAGACUAUUUAUGAAUUAUCUCGUAAAAUUUUGCAAAUAGAUUAUCUAUAAAAUAGCUGAUAAUAGAAACGCUAGCUAGUUUACAACACACAAACAACUGUUUUGUUUAUAAUUCUAUUCUAAUGCAAUAAUAAAAUUAAAUAAAUAUGUCCAAACAGCCAAAUGUUUCUGUUAUAAU